AUGAAAGAAGGCAAAUGCAGUCGUUUAUAUCCUAAACAAUUUCAGCCUCAGACUCUUUUGGAUUCAAACGGUUAUCCAGUCUACCGUAGAAGAAACAAUGGUCAUUCAAUUUCAAAGAAUGGUGUUAUCAUUGGUAACAGAUAUGUAGUACCUUACAAUCCAAAAUUAUUGAAAAAAUAUCGGGCUCAUAUAAAUAUUGAAUGGUGUAAUCAAAGUACUUCAAUCAAAUAUUUAUUUAAAUACAUAAACAAAGGCUAUGACAGGGUCACUACUGUUAUGCUUUCUGAUAGCGAUAAUGCAGCUCAAAAUGUAAAUAUUCAAAAUGAUGAACUUAAAGAAUAUCUAGAUUGUAGAUACAUUUCUCCCUGUGAAGCUGCUUGGAGAAUAUUUGCUUUUCCAAUCCACGGCAGAAAGCCUGCUAUUGAGAGAUUGUAUUUUCAUCUUCCAGAUCAGCACAAUAUUCUUUAUGAAGAUCAUGAUGAUAUAGAUGAUGUACUAUCGAAACCAACUAUUUCAGAUUCAAAAUGCCUAGCUUGGAUGAACACUAGUAAAGAUUUUGAUGAGGCCAGGAAUCUAACUUAUUCACAAUUUGUGUCAAAGUUUGUAUAUAAUAAAAGAAACAGAUCAUGGCAACCCAGAAAAAAAGGAUAUACCAUUGGAAGACUCAUAUGGGUACCACCAACCACAGGAGAAUUGUUUUAUUUAAGAAUGAUGCUUGGCAGCUGCAAAGGACCUACUUCAUUUGAGGAUAUCAGGACUGUUGCCAAUAUCCAAUAUCCAACAUAUAGAGAAGCAUGUUUUGCAAUGGGCUUUCUACAAGAUGACAGAGAAUAUGUUGAGGCAAUCAAAGAGGCCAAGGACUGA